AUGAUGCAAACAUGGUUGAGGAAUCAGGAUAAUCUCUUCCCACUUUCAAGAAUUAGUUGGACGUCAAAAGAUGUUCAGAUCUCAGAUUCCUCAACUGGGCAAGGUUAUCGAUUGAAUUUGGAGACAGCAGCUCUUCUAACUAUUAAUUCAUUGACGAUGACUUUGCUAACAUCGAGAUCCCCAAACUUCACUGGGGUACAAAUGCUUGUCACGAUGGAUAUUCCAUUAUGUUGGGUGUCGCGAAGUGAAUUUGGAAGAGCAGCCGUGCAAAGGAGUGAAAUUCCAGCUAGUGUCCUACGUGAUGCAGUAGGACAAUUUUUUUGUGGUAUAUGCAAUGGAUCGUUUGCAUCUACAAUUGGAAGUGCCUGUUUCAGUGAAUGA